AUGUCGAAUGACCACCACCAUUCAACCACUCCCAACAACCCAAAUCCUUGCCCGCAAGCUGAAGAAUGGAAAAACAAGGGAAAUUCCUAUUUUAAAUCCAAAAAAUUCAAACAAGCCUCGGAAUGUUAUCAAAAGGCGAUCGAGUUGGAACCUCAUCAUGCCAUCUAUCAUUGUAAUUUAUCGGCAGCAUGGAUCGGUUUGCAAAAUUAUCAUGGAGCCAUUGAGUCAGCAGAAAGAGCAGCUCAAUUAGAUCCGCUCUAUGAUAAAGCAUAUGUAAGAUGGAUACAAUCACUUGUGGAGUUGAUGAAGGGAGAUAAGGCUCUUCAAGUAUUGAUCCGAUUUUAUGAAACAUUCAAAUCACACAACAAGUUAACGAUCGAGUUGGAAAAAGUGAUGGAACAAAAAGCAUUGGACGUUAAAAAAGCACUCAUCAAGAAACAUGAUCGAGUCAAGAAAUUUUCCGUCUUGCUGCAACAAGGAAAACCAGUAGCAGCAAUUCCAGGAAGCAAUUUAUCGGAAUAUAUUGCUAAUGCAGCUCUUUUUCGUAAAUUAUAUCCAUAUGCCACGAGUCGCUCGAAAAUUCCAGAUCCAAAACGAAUUCUCACUACGGAGCAUGUGAUGGAGUUAACACAGGCAUUUGAGUUGGAAAAGCCAAAAAUUAAGCACUUUUCAGCUGCAAAGAAAAUUCUUAACAAAUUAAUGAAUCCAAGUAAUCGUGAGAAUACAAUUACAGGAGGUAACUUUAGACAGGCUGGAGGAUGUGUUGAUGACAAGUAUAUCAAAGAUCGAGUGACAUGGUAUCUUGUCACGUUUCCUGCACCUCAGCAUGUAGAUGCAAUAGCUUGUGAAAAAUAUACUACUGAAAAAACGGCUUCGAUUCGACCUUAUAGUUGCCAAAUUUAUGAAGAUACUCCAGGUUACACGAUUAAACCAUGUUACGCAUCAAGCAUGAGCAGAUGGUCGGACAGCAAAUGUUUACCCGUUAAACAUCCAAAAUUUAGCUAUGCUCUUGAGAUUAUUAGCAGUCUUUGUGAUCUCAUUGUUACUACGUUUGACGCGUCACACGGUCAAGCAUUCCUUCCUGAACAACUCGUGAUUUCAUGCACAGAUUAUAUGAAAAGUGUCACUGAAGCUAUGGUCAAUUAUAUUAUUUUACAGCAUUUACCUGCAUUUCCAUGUGUCGUGCAAGCAUCUCGUGAUGAACUUCCACUCUCAAUUCAACAGACAGUUCAUGAUUUUAGAAGUAUCAUGCCCAUACAUGCAGGUCAUAUCCCACAUCCAUAUGUUGCCCAGAAAGGCAUACGAGAGAUGUGUGUCGAGAGGGGACAAAAUUUUACACAUGAAUUUGGGCGUUCUUUAUUUGGAGCAUUGGCCGAUCUAGCAGAACUAAGACCAUGGCGCAUCUUCUCUACUGAUUUUGCCAUUUAUGUGACCAUUCGACACUCGAAAUUCUUUGAAAAUAAGCCCUUCAAUACACCCAAUUUGCCCUACUUACUUGAAAAGAGAGGAAUUGGCAUUGAAGGUCUUGAUUUUAUGGAUGGCAAGAAUGAGCGAAUUAUUUGUGUGAUGGGUCACACGGAUCCCAAUUCCUCAGGUUUUUCUAUUUUGAACGAUUUGGAAUCGUUUUUGACAUUUAUUCCAAUGCCCCAUGCUAUUGACGCAUGUCCAAGUGUACAAUAUACUCCAAAGGAUCUAAUUGCCCAUGACGACUUGGAUGACAUUAAAGCUUAUGAUUGGCCAAUUUAUAAGGGUGAUUCACGAGAAUUUUAUCCCAUGAUUGCAACCAUUUUAAAGAACUUCUUUUGGACGCAAGAUGCAAGCAAAAUCCAGAGAUGUGAUCUGCGUGAAUUAAAAUGGAUCGAAGCAGCUGUGCGGGGAUUAUGUGCUUUUAUUCGAAAGAGAUGUGCACAUGGACAUCCUGUUGUGAAUUCUCCAUUCGAAAUUGUGAUCGAUACACACGAUGGAGAAGCCACUGUUAAAAUACUCGUGAAACGAGAAUAUUUCCCAAAUAGAACGGCAGAAAAAACUCAGAAAAAGUAUCAGAGUGCAUUGGAUGAAAUUGGCCGACAAUUCGAUGCCAUGGUUCAAGAAAAACAACGACAAAUGAGAGAAGAGGAGAAAAAAUUCAACGAAAAACUUGAUGCUACUAGCUCUGCAACAACAUCCUCGACAAAGAAGUCAUCUCAAAAACAAGAACCACCAACCACAACAACCACAGAAAAGAAAUGUUGUGCCUGUUGUGGUGCAAAGAAAAGUGCAACAACCAAACUUUUCGUAUGUGGAGCUUGUAAAUCUGUUCUGUAUUGCUCGAGAGAAUGUCAACAAAAGGAUUGGCCUCAACACAAACAAGUUUGCAAGAAGUGA